CUCCAGCUCCUUAUCACAGCACAGCGCACACGAGCCUGCGCCCGAGCUGCUGCCUUCUCCUUCAUUUCUUCCCCAGCUGUUCUUGCCUCUCUCCCUUCCCGUACGUCUGCAGCGGCAGGCACCGGCACGCACGCCACCAGCUUGAUCUCAAGCGGAGGAGGUGAGGAUCUCGAGAUGGGGCGCGGCAAGAUCGAGAUAAAGCGGAUCGAGAACGCGACCAACCGGCAGGUGACCUACUCCAAGCGCCGCACGGGGAUCAUGAAGAAGGCGCGCGAGCUCACCGUGCUCUGCGACGCCCAGGUCGCCAUCAUCAUGUUCUCCUCCACCGGCAAGUACCACGAGUUCUGCAGCCCAGGAACCGACAUCAAGAACAUCUUUGACCGCUACCAGCAGGCCAUCGGGAACAGCCUAUGGAUCGAGCAGUACGAGAAUAUGCAGCGCACGCUGAGCCAUCUCAAGGACAUCAAUCGCAACCUGCGCACUGAGAUCAGGCAAAGGAUGGGUGAAGAUCUGGACACUCUGGAGUUCGACGAGCUGCGCGGUCUUGAGCAAAAUGUUGAUACUGCUCUCAAGGAGGUUCGCCACAGGAAGUAUCAUGUGAUCACCACACAGACUGAAACCUACAAGAAGAAGGUGAAGCACUCGUACGAGGCCUACAAGAACCUGCAGCAGGAGCUGGGCAUGCGCGAGGACCCGGCGUUCGGGUUCGUGGACAACACGGGUGCUGGGUGGGACGGCGCGGUGGCGCUGGGCGGCGGCGGCGGAGCGCCGGACAUGCACGCCUUCCGCGUGGUGCCCAGCCAGCCCAACCUGCACGGCAUGGCCUACGGCUCCCACGACCUGCGCCUCGGCUAACGAAUCAACUCGCCAGCGACCUCGAUCGAUCCUAGCUUCCAUGCAAGCCCCUCGAUCAGCCGCCGAGUUCCUCCAUCACCACCAAGUCAUGUAGUGCAGCGAAUAAGAUCAAUCGAUGCCCGUGCUACUUGCCAUCGAUGAACCAGCAGCUUAAAUAUUGUGUGUCUCAAUUACUAUCAGCUCGUCCAGUGAUUGGCGGCGAUAUGGUGUAAUCGUUCGUGUGCUGUGUAUAGCGUCCCAUGCAAUGCAUGGGUAUGCGGUCUGUGUGUGUCUGUCUUUGAGGGCAAGGGGACUUGUUGUAUU